AUGGCGACGCCGCUCGUUCCAGCAUUCCAAAUCGCACGCGAUGCCUGCCUCCCGGCACCAUCCACCAUCAAGGUCAAGAACCUCCGCGCUACGAUCCAGGGUCCCCACGACGCCUGGGGCCGGCCCGACCGGCCGCAGCCCAUUGCUAUCUCCGCCGCCGUCUCCCUCGACGCGCCGUUUGGCGCGUCCUCGUCCACCGAUACCGUCGCCGCGGACACGGUCCACUACGGGCUUCUCAGCAAGGGAAUCCUGUCCGUCCUCGCCGCCGCCGUGCCCGGGCAGAGCCUGCGGCACCUGCUGGACACGACCUGGGUCGAGAUGACGGGCUUCGACUCGCGCGGACAGGAUGUGCGUGCAAGCGCGCAGCAGGCGCAGCAGGCGCAGCAGAGAAUGCAGCCACCGUUCCUCCACUUUGCGCAGCUGCGGGCGCUGGAGAUCUCGCUGCACUUGCCCAAAGCGACGCUGCUUGGGGACGGCGUCACGCUGACCGUCAUGGGCGGCUUUGAGGCGGCUGCGGCGGAGAGCGGCGCGCUGGUCAAGUCGGUUAUGCGCCAGAGCGCCGUCUCGCUCAAGAUUCACCGUCUACGGGUUCCGACCCUGAUUGGCGUAAACAGCAAUGAGAGGCUGGCCAAGCAGGUCGUGGUUGCAAACGUGGAAAUUGACAGACUGGAGGAUGAUCUGGAUGUCUACCCCGAACUGGAGCAGGUCGUGAUUCAGGUCAUGUCCAAUUCUUCAUACGAGACUCUCGAGGCCCUGGGAACUCAACUGACAGUGGUCCUCGCGGCGCAUCUUCACAGAAAGCACACACCGCCUCGCGAUGGCGCCGGGUGGGACAUCAACAUUUCGCUGGAGAAGCCGAUCGCGGUGCCUCUUGCAGACGCGGCGUGUGUGGAGAUGAGCACAAACACGGCAAAUGUGCCGAACGAAAGCACGACUCUUUAA